CACAAAACGUCAGUUGUAAUAAAAAAAUAAAAACAAAAUUCCAUUCGCAUUCCCCAUUAUCUUCAACCGCUGCUCGACAUAUUGUUUACAAUAACUGUCGAAUCUUGAUACUACUGUAUUCAGUGACUCAUCGGUCUUUUAUUUUACCGUUUCAGCCAAGUUGCCAUCGAUUUUUGCUACAAUUUUCGAGGAUACCAAAGCACAAAAAAUGUCGCUUUAUCCGAGCUUAGAAGACAUGAAAGUGGACCAAAUGGCCACAGCACAAUACAAUCACAUCGUAAACAGCAUUAAUGCCGCACCUCCUGCUAGUGCCCCAUCGUACGGGCAUAUUCAAGCCGAGCCCCAAUCCCCUAACAAUGGACAACUGUACCCCUUUUUGGGCGAUUUUAUGGGCUUGGAGCUAAGCGAAUCAGUUAUCGCUGCAAACAUGCCUGAAUACUCUUCCCAGGCAUUGAGCGCUUUUCCAUCGAGCCAGCCGGUCACCCAGUCCGGCCUGAUCGCCCCCCUUUCCGGGCAAUCGCUGGGCCUGCAAAGGGCCCAAGUCACGCACGGCGUUCGCGAGCUGACCCUUUGCAAGGACAAGGACGGCAAGGUGGGCCUCAGGGCAAAGGCCAUCAACAAGGGCAUAUUCGUGUGCGUGGUGGUGGAGAAAUCCCCCGCAGCCCUAGCAGGACUGAGAUUCGGCGAUCAAAUACUGCAGAUCAACGGCGAAAACGUCGCUGGAUAUUCCAUGGAUAAGGUGCAUUCGAUGUUGAAAAAGAGCCCGGUGAACGGUAUAAAAGUGGUGGUGAGAGACCGCCCGUUCGAGAGGACAAUCACAUUGCACAAAGACAGCGUCGGUUGCAUUGGGUUCCAAUUUAAAAACGGUAAAAUCAAUACUAUCGUUAAAGAUUCUUCGGCCGCUCGAAACGGUGUGUUGACUGAACAUCAGCUGUUGGAAAUCGACGGUCAGAACGUCGUUGGAUUGAAGGAUAAGGAGGUUUCGAAGAUUAUCCAAAACGCCGGUCCCGUUGUCACUGUAACGGUCAUUCCGAGCUUCUUGUACGAUCACAUGAUCAAAUCAAUGUCCAGUUCUAUUUUGAAGGAAUUUAUGGACCACUCCAUACCUACGCUGUAAUCGUAAAACAUAUCCUUUUGUUAUGUCGUACUGAAUAAUCAUUUUUAUAUACAUACUCACUUUUAUGACGUUAGCUCGUAAUGGUUUUCACACGGAUCAGUUUGCAUGUAUGAAUAGUAAAGUAUUUUUAUAACCAUAUUUAAAUAAUAGCCUUUACGUAAGUAAGAAAAUUCAUAUAACGUUUUUCUGGCUUUAAAUUUAAAGUUUUUAAAGGACGAAAUGAGAAAUUUUAGAUUAGUUCUGUAAGUGCUACAUUUCUUUUUUGACUACUGCCAACUGAUUAUCUAGCACAUUUGCUUAUGUAUGUUAUAUUAUAGAAUUUGUUUUAUUAUAAGUAAUAUAGUAUUUUAUUGAUUUUAUAUGAUACAAGCCAAAGAAUUUGGUUAAAGUGAUUUUUCUGUGCCAGAUUAUAUGGAUUUAAUAAAAGUUAUUUAAAA